AUGUCAGCCAGCGACGGUGUGAUAUCGCUCGCUGACCUUAUGCACCGUCAUCAGGAACUUUUGGUUAAACCUUUGUUCUGGACCUCCCGCCAUUUGGAAUUGAUGGGAUGUCGAUUUCAACAUGUUUACAAUGCCCCUUCGAGGGAGGACACUCGCGACGACCAACAGCCCUUCCAGGGGAAACCUAAUGAAGGGGAGUCCGAAGCGCGGUCACUUGCCAGGAGUUUCUCGCUCCAAGGGAAAUUAAACGCUCUCACAAACAUUCUGCUAUCCAAGGGAAGCAUCUUCGACAAACGCAGCAAAGGGCCUUACUUCACUUUCGCGGGUCAUCCUGUUCAUCGACCUCAUUACACCGUGUUUUAUCGCCGCGACCAACCCGACCGAUCUGUCUCUCAAGAACCACUACCGGUGAUUGGCUAUUUGAACUACACAAACGUCAGUGGUACUCGUUGGCACAAAUUUCAGCCUCGCCAUCAUGACGGAGGCGUUGAUUACGCCGUUUCGCCACUUUCCAAGAAGAAGCUUGCUCGUGUCACCCCAAAGGAAUGGAAAGAAGAUCCGUACUUUGUGUGUGUCCUGCUAUCUCUUGCCCAACUUCAGGAGCACCGUCUGAAGCCAUCGAGGCCAACAAGUCAUUCGUCCCGUCUUCUCAUAGCAAGCCCGAUGGAUCGAGAAUUUAUUCAUCUUUACGAGGCUCAAAUCACCUCCGACUUUCUAAGAAUGCUUGACAACCCAGCGGCUGCCACAAUCCAAACAAAUUUCCCUACCAUCGAACGCAGGCAAAUCCCGUUCAGACCCUUCGAGACCUUCCAGGAACGAAUUUUUGCUGAACUGUCAGUUAGAAAUAUUCCGCCUCAUGUUCCAAAUAGACAUAAUAUUAUCAACCAAAACGUUAAACGAGCACAUGAGCAUGAAGAUGACGAAGGGUGCAAGCGGGCCCGAACCUCUUGA